ACUGCUCCCCGCGGGCCGGAGCCGGCCGAGCGGCUGCCCGCCGGGGCUCUGAACGGCGCGGUGGGGCCGGGAGCCAGGGACCCGCCGAGGAGAGCGGCGGCCCCGGACGGCUGCCGGAGGGGCGGCCGCGCGUGGAUGCGGCGGGAGCUGGAAGCCUCGGGCAGCCGGCGCCGUCUCUGCCCCCGGGCGCCCUAUGGCUUGAAGAGCCUGGCCACCCUGUGGCUCCGCCGCCCCGAUGGAUCCACUGAAUCUGUCCUGGUACGAUGAUGACCUGGAGAGGCAGAACUGGAGCCGGCCCUUCAAUGGGUCGGAAGGGAAGGCGGACAGGCCCCACUACAACUACUACGCCACGCUGCUCACACUGCUCAUCGUCGUCAUCGUCUUCGGCAACGUGCUGGUGUGCAUGGCUGUGUCCCGCGAGAAGGCGCUGCAGACCACCACCAACUACCUGAUCGUCAGCCUCGCGGUGGCCGACCUCCUCGUGGCCACGCUGGUCAUGCCCUGGGUUGUCUACCUGGAGGUGGUGGGCGAGUGGAAAUUCAGCAGGAUUCACUGUGACAUCUUUGUCACCCUGGACGUCAUGAUGUGCACAGCCAGCAUCCUGAACCUGUGUGCCAUCAGCAUUGACAGGUACACAGCUGUGGCCAUGCCCAUGCUGUACAAUACGCGCUACAGCUCUAAGCGCCGAGUCACUGUCAUGAUCGCCAUCGUCUGGGUCCUGUCCUUCACCAUCUCCUGCCCGCUCCUGUUUGGACUCAACAACACAGACCAGAACGAGUGCAUCAUCGCCAACCCGGCCUUCGUGGUCUACUCCUCCAUCGUCUCCUUCUAUGUGCCCUUCAUCGUCACCCUGCUGGUCUACAUCAAGAUCUACAUCGUCCUCCGCAGGCGCCGCAAGCGAGUCAACACCAAGCGCAGCAGCCGAGCUUUCAGGGCCAAUCUGAGGGCCCCACUCAAGGGCAACUGCACGCACCCUGAGGAUAUGAAACUCUGCACCGUUAUCAUGAAGUCUAAUGGCAGUUUCCCAGUGAACAGGCGGAGAGUGGAGGCCGCCCGCCGAGCCCAGGAGCUGGAGAUGGAGAUGCUCUCCAGCACCAGCCCCCCUGAGAGGACCCGGUACAGCCCCAUACCCCCCAGCCACCACCAGCUGACUCUCCCCGACCCCUCCCACCACGGCCUCCACAGCAAUCCCGACAGCCCCGCCAAACCAGAGAAGAAUGGGCACGCCAAAGACCACCCCAAGAUUGCCAAGAUCUUCGAGAUCCAGUCCAUGCCCAAUGGCAAAACCCGGACCUCGCUCAAGACCAUGAGCCGCAGGAAGCUCUCCCAGCAGAAGGAGAAGAAGGCCACUCAGAUGCUCGCCAUUGUCCUCGGCGUGUUCAUCAUCUGCUGGCUGCCCUUCUUCAUCACGCACAUCCUGAACAUACACUGUGACUGCAACAUCCCGCCCGUCCUGUACAGCGCCUUCACGUGGCUGGGCUAUGUCAACAGCGCCGUGAACCCCAUCAUCUACACCACCUUCAACAUCGAGUUCCGCAAGGCCUUCCUGAAGAUCCUCCACUGCUGACUCUGCUGCCCGCCUGCACAGCAGCCUGCUUCCUGCCUCCCUGCCCAGGCUGGCCGGGCCUCACCCCUGCAAGCCGUGGGCAGGAAGGCCGGGGGGCGGGGGAGGAACACAGCCUUCUCCUCACCCCGGCAGGCCCUGCAGUGUUAGCUUGGCUCUGCACCCCGCACACCCUCACUCUGCCAGGGUAGUGCUAGGGAGCUGGGCAUGGUAUCAGCCCUGGGGCUGGACCGCCUGGCUCAGGGGCUGCUCCCAGGGUCCCCCUCCCACCUCCACCUCCCACCUCUCCUUGGCACCAAAGAUGCAGCCAUCUUCUUGACCUUUGUCUGGGGCUCUGGGGUCGCUGGGGCCAGAGUCAGAGCGCAGAGGCUGAGAGCUCUCUGUUUGUUAGGCUUGGCCUGGGGCAGGCAGCGGGGAGAGGUGGACAGUUCACACCCCACGAGGCCCACACAAGGGAAGCAAGAGCUUUUGCCAAGGACCCAGGUGAACCACUCAGUACUGGGUGACCCAUGUACAUACCAGACUGCAGGACGGACCCCAGAGAAGACCAAGCCAAAAAUCUCAGCUCCCGCCUCCACCCCGAUGUGAGCCUCUACUUCCCACGUCAGUGGGUCCUGACAUGUCCCACCCCUUUACAGCUCCCCAUGCGGUUUCCACAUGCUCUGAGGGGAGGAACCCUAAUCUCAAAGGGCCCCAAGAACGUCUGUGGGGAGAGGAACCCCUGGCCCUAGCCCAUUCUGCCACCUUCCGACGGCCUCAGAUGUAGCCCCUCUCAUAGCAGAUGCUGGCCACCUGGGGCCAGGUAGGGCAGUCGGCCUUGGAACCAUGGCAGGGCUUGGGCUGGGGGGCAUCUGAAGUUCUUUGGGGGCUGCCUCCUGCCACGCUCUGACGCAAAGACACUUUCCUUUUCUAUUCCCUUUGGCGUCUUCUCUCUCCUGUGUCCCCUCCCUUCCACUGCCUCUGCCUUAGAGGAGCCCAUGGCUAAGAGGCUGCUGGAUACCAUUUGGCCUGGCCUGGCCCUGCCCCGAGGGAGGAGGGGAAGCUGCAGCUUGGGGGAGCCCCGGGCCCCAGACUCUGUAACAUCACUCUCCAUGCACCAAACUAAUAAAACUUUGGCAAGAGUUGCUCUCCAGGACCCUUGGG